GGCGGCGGCAGUGAGGAGGAGCUGGAGGCGGCGCUGGACCGAGCUAUCAUGCUGUUCCGCUUCAUCCAGGGCAAGGACGUGUUCGAGGCCUUCUACAAAAAGGACCUGGCCAAGCGGCUGCUGCUGGGGCGCAGCGCGAGCGUGGACGCGGAGAAGGCCAUGAUCUCCAAGCUCAAGGUGGAGUGCGGCAGCCAGUUCACGGCCAAGCUGGAGGGCAUGUUCAAGGACUGCGAGCUGAGCGACGACGUCAUGGCGGCCUUCCGCGCCUCGCCCGCCGCUGCGGGGCUGCCGGCGGGGGUGGACGUGACGGUGUCGGUGCUCACCUCGGGCUACUGGCCCACCUACCCCGCCGUGGAGGUCAAGCUGCCGGAGGCGCUGGACCGCGCCUCCGCCGUGUUCCGCGACUUCUACCACUCCAAGUACUCGGGUCGGCGGCUGGUGUUCCAGCACAGCCUGGGCUCCUGCGUGCUGCGAGCCGCCUUCCCGCGGGGCCUGAAGGAGCUGUCGGUCAGCACCUUCCAGGCCGCGGUGCUGAUGCUGUUCAACGACUCGGACACGCUGUCGUACGCCGACAUUGCCUCGGCGUGCGGCCUAGAGGAGAAGGAGCUCAAACGCACGCUGCAGAGCCUCGCGUGCGGCAAGGUGCGGGUGCUGACCAAGGAGCCCAAGGGGCGCGACGUGUCCAACACCGACUCCUUCUCCUUCAACGCCGCCUUCACGGAGAAGCUCUUCCGCAUCAAGAUCAACUCCAUUCAGAUGAAGGAGACGGAGGAGGAGAACAAGAAGACAAACGAGCAGGUGCUCCAAGACCGUCAGUACCAGAUCGACGCUGCGCUGGUUCGCAUCAUGAAGACCCGCAAGACGCUGAGCCACAAGCUGCUGGUGGCGGAGGCGCUGCUGCAGCUCAAGUUCCCGCUCAAGGCGGCGGACCUCAAGAAGCGCAUCGAGUCGCUCAUAGACCGGGAGUACUUGGCGAGAGACCCCAGCGAUGCGAAUGUGUACAACUACUUGGCGUGAGCGCCGGCGGUUGCGGUGCAAGAGAGGCGCGACUAGUUAGCGGUAGCUUGGGAGGUCCCAAGGUCAGGAAGAGGCCAGCGGGUCAGCUCAUUACAUCGGCUGUAAAUAUAGGUUGGCGUUCCAAGCCCGUUCGUUCUUGUACUCGUGGCAGCGGCAAGUGCAGGGUGGUAUAUCUUUUGAGGUUGGCAGCGUUUUGAAGGAGGGCUAGUGCCAUGCAGGUGUGAAGGCUGAAGAGGGUUAGGGGGCCGGUGUCCCACGCGCGAAGAUUGAGAAAGGCGAACUAGGGUAGAGAGUGCAUUCUCAGCUGUAGCAGCUGUGGCAUGCUGCGCACGGAGUCCUACGGUGCUUCUAGUGCCAUGUACUAUGGUUAUUAGGUAAUUCCGGUACUGGUCAGCGUUGAGGACAGUUUGUAGUUGAUGUUGCCGUAGACGUACUGCAGUACGAACUGUCGUUGCAGCUUGCAGGGGAGGUGAGAAGGGUACCUUGUGUGUUAGUACAAGCAUACUAUGUGUGGUAGGUAGACAGCGAUGCUGCAAUAGGCGUAGUACAUCGCAAAGCAGCCAGCCUGCGGUAGUUUGGACUAAACUUGCAACAUCAUGAAAUGAAGCUUUAACACUCGAUCAGCAGCAAUACGUGUCUUUGUUGCUCACAUAGCCAUGGCAGGCGAGACAUCGACAACGAGCCGGGCAGAACAUGUUAGCUGGGUCGUUGUCCUCGGGGACUUCGGCAGGAGCCCACGCAUGCAGUACCAUACACUGUCGUUGUCUAAACAACCUUCCACGGAUGUCCACGUGAUUGCAUAUGGCGGAUCAACCCCUUUGCCGGAGUUGGGGUCUGCGCGCAACGUCCACAUCCACAACGUCCCUGAGCCCCCAGCGCUUCUACGGCGUUUGCCUCGUUUGCUGUUUCUUGUGUUAAAGGUUUUACACCAGCUGUGGUGGCUGCUAUGGAUGAUGCUGGCGAGGUUGCCAUCGCCGGACC